CCGAACUCGUGUAGAAUUUGAUGCACUCAUAUCUUGCUCUAUUUUGUGCCGUUGAAAGCGUUUAAUAUCUCGUUGGAAAGCUCUUACCGAGUUCUAUCUUUUUGUGGAUAAAAUGUAAAUGUAUAUAUAUCCAGAAAAUAGCAUUAGAAUGCAUCAAAAGUAUCAAAAAUAACUAUCCAGGAAGCAAGCUAUCCUAAAAUAGUAUCUACCGUAUCCGCCCCCCCCCCCCCCCCCACCGCAAGCGGCAAGGGGGGAGAGAGAUUUUUCGGAAAAGUCAAAAAGGCACGGGACAAACCCCGGCUCGUUUCACAAAACAUCAAACAAAAUCCAGUCAAAAACAGCCCAGCAGCAGUCCACAUAGCAAAGUCCCUCAGCAGUCCAUGCAUCAGUCAAGGCCCUGCUUAUAGGAUGCUUUUGGGCCCGUAAUUAAACGCCAGCAGCCCAUAUCCUCUGUAUCCGGACCAGGAAUUAGGGCGAGCCCAAGAACUCCCAGCCUUCCAUCGCAUUCCAUUUGCGCCGCAGCCCUCAAAAUUCAAAUCCCGUUCGUACGCUCAACGGGUCAAACGCCAGGCUGGCUGUCAGUCUGACCAAUGGAUGGUCAGCUAUCAGUCCCAACCCAUCCCACCCCCUUCCCGCAGCCACCCCACAUGGCGCCGGUACCACCAAGCAGUCCGGCGACCGGAGAAGCAGGGCCCAAAUCGAACCGGAGGUAACAACUGCUAAUUCAAAACUCCACCCUCCACCACCCACCCCCGUCGAGCCCCGGCGACCCCCGGCGGCAUAGGUAAAGUGUCGGAAAGUGGCGAAUCAACAGUAGCCGGACCAAGUAACCAGUUUUCCGGUUGUCUUCUCCGGCAAACACACAGUGAAGAACCCCAUGCCUUCCCACUUUUUGAUGUCCGACCAGUCUUACCGUCACCAAAUCACCCCCUAUAUCGUCACCAACCAUUAUCUUCUCCGGACCCUGCCCCUGUACGUGCCACCCUACACACGCAUGAGCCACUGGCCGGUCCUUCAACGGUGACCGGUGCUUCAAUGGAAGUUCAAGCUUCAACGAGACUGGUCAUCCCCCCCAAAAAGGAAAGAAGCUCAAAGUACAGACCUUUAAAACCGAAUACCAUGCCAAAGCAUCCCCCUUCCAUCGCCAGAGUAACCUCCGGUGGCCCAAACAGUUUGAUUGCCGGUCAGAAAUCCCAUAAGAACACAAACAAGCUCUCAUCCUCCCCUACCUCGUCACUGUACAUGCUCCUCCCACACGCAAUGACCCCGGCCGGCCAGAUCAACGGAUAUUACCAGUGUAUUCAGGACCUCCAUCCCACGGUACAAACUGUUCAAGCACCAUCUGAAACCACCAGAACAUCCAGCAUCAGCUCCGGCACGAUCUUUGUUCAAAAGACCCAGGCAACCAUAACACUUGCCGUCAAAAAUCCAGUUGAAAAACCCCCAACCAAGAAACGCGAACCACAUACCUGCCUUCGGAGUUCCGUUUCGCACCAGUCCACCAGCAGACACCUUUACGUCACCAAAUCAAAGCCCCACGGCCGCCAAUCAGUGAGAGCUAUGAACCAGCAGUCCCGGUGACCUUUCCAGCAGCGACGAAGCUCAACAGUCCCUCAGUGAAGAAGCAACCGACACGACAAAACAACCCAAAACUCCACAAAAACUAUUUCCAAAAAUUCAUAGACCAGACAUCCGUGAAGCCCGUCAGAGCCGUGAGGGCUCCGGCGGCAGCGACCGCCGCGAGUGGCGGAGCCGGUGGGAAGAAGAGAAACUAGAAGUUUUCUAGUGAGAGAAACAGCUCUCAACUCCUCUUUAAAACUAAGGUAUGGGUAAACUUUUAAUAGUGACUAGCUCCACCGUUUUCACGGCCCCUUACCCCAGAAACCCAACUUUGGCUUGGCCCUACGGGUUAGUAUACACCGCUUGGCCCUACCACUUGAAGGGUUUUUUGGGGGAGCAUAGUUCCACUGGUGCUAGUGGGACUCGAACACGAGACCUCUCCUAUGCAGGGGUAACCGUUCAACCAGCUAGGCUGGAAGUGCUGGUUAAAAGAUCUUACCGAGUUCUAAAACUUGUCUUCAGGUGCUGGUUUCAAAAUAUCGAGGGAUGAUUUCCGAAUUACUAAAAUACACUGUAUUUACGCUAAAAGUACUCUAUUUUCACUGAAAACGCUAAAUCAUAGAGAUAAGGCUAAGUAUUUGUGACCCUCAUAUCUUGCUGUGUGUUUAUCCCUUUCGAGCGUAUUAUAUCUCGUUGGAAAGAUAGAUCGGAUCUCUAAAUCUAUUGUUCCAACUUAAUUU